AGGAGUUCCACUCAAGCUUCCAGCGCCAAUUCAUCUUUUGAGAUUGGCUGUGGAGUCAUGAUUGGCCCAUUCCGAGAUGACACCUGGGCAGCUGUCUGCCAGUGGGCUACCGACCGCCAGAACCUUGGCGGUGUGAAAGUGAAGGUGGGGCUGGAAGAGCACAGGCGCCAUUCCACUUUAGGGCAGUUACGCGAGUGCCUUGAGCCCAGUGGUCGGCGCACCAGACAGAAUUCGCGGAAAAACCAGGUGCAAAAUUCCCCAGAGGUAGGUUUAUUGAACCCAGCAAAAGCCCGCGACCUCACGACACCACUCAACCCGAUUCCGAGUGCAAGAGAUCCCACGUCUCCGAAAAUGUCGUCCACCAAGCCCUCCGGAAAGACCCAGCGUUCGGCCAUCGCCGACGUUGUGGCUCGCGAGUACACCAUCCACCUCCACAAGCGCCUCCACGGCGUGACCUUCAAGAAGCGGGCUCCCAAGGCGAUCAAGGAGAUCAAGGAGUUUGCCUACAAGGCCAUGGGCACCACCGAUGUCCGCCUCGACCCCCAGCUGAACAAGAAGGUCUGGGAGCAGGGUGUCAAGGGCGUUCCUUACAGACUCCGCGUCCGCAUCUCCCGGAAACGUAACGACGAGGAGGGCGCUAAGGAGAAGCUUUACAGCUACGUCCAGGCCGUCAACGUCACGAACCCCAAGGGCCUCCACACCGUCGUUGUUGAGGAGUAAAUUUUGGUUGUCGGCAACAAUUAAAAAGUGGGAUUGAGGACGGGCCGUGGUUCGGGUUCAGGACGGCAUUGGGAUUUUACGGAGUUACGCAUGGCUUCUAGCUUCCUAUUACGAAUAGAUGGGUUCGUAAAAACGGCACCUCCGAUACCAAAAAACCAAUUCACCAAACCAACCCGAACGACAUGUGAAGGAGCUGGAGCUGGAGCUUGCGAUGGGAAAGAAACCUUUGUUCAGAGUGAUACGCUGGAGUGUAUAUCUCAAAGUGAUACGCUCGUGGACGACAAUGUCCGUUGCAAAAAACAAUGCUCGAUGUACUUGAGGAGUUACUCUGCAAGCAGGCAGCGUCGAUGCGAGAAAUCCAUGUACCAAAACCCCCCCCCCCGGAAUGCAAUCCUUAACUUCAGGUACCAAGUAC